AGCAGGGCCUGGCCCGGCCUUGAGCGCGGUACCGGGGCCUUUCGGCCGGGACUGUUCUUGCGGAGCCCGCCUGCCUACCUGCAGAGCCUGCGCUCCGUGCGCUUAGCCUCCGGGGACCCGGGGCCUUUGUACCUCCUCCGGCCCGCCUGGGCCGAGCUUUGGCCCCAUGGGCUCACACCCAGCCUCAAAGAAGGAAAACUCCACCUGUUGUUCACCCUCCGGUCAGAGAAGCAUGUGGACCUGUUCUGAGGGCUCAGUGGAAAAACUUCUUGUGAAGCAGCAUGCCCGAAGCAGGCUAAGAAGGUCACCUGGAGAAGUCUGCUUCCCUGGAGGCAAGUCUGAACCAGCAGAUGUGGAUGAUGUGGCUACAGCUCUCCGGGAAGCCCAGGAGGAAGUAGGGCUGCAUCCUCACCAAGUGGAGGUUGUCUGCUGCCUGGUGCCAUAUCUGCUUGACAGUGAUACAUUGAUAACCCCAGUUGUAGGAUUUAUAGACCACAACUUCCAGGCCCAGCCUAAUCCCGAUGAAGUUAAAAGUGUGUUCCUGGUGCCUCUGGAAUAUUUCCUGCAUCCACAUGUCUACCACCAGCGUUACCUGACACAUUAUGGUCAUCAUGUUAUUAUUCAUUGCUUUGAGUACACAGACCCUGGAGAUGGUGUCACUUACCAGAUCAAGGGAAUAACUGCAAAACUUGCCCUGUUCCUUGCCUUAAUUAUUUUGGGGGAAAAUCCCAUCUUUGAAAUGGAGUUUAAUCUCAAUGAUCUGAUUUCAUCCUCUGAAGAGAUCUUCCUGAAACUAAAUAAGCAUGCUACAAGCAAGUUAUGAUUUAUGAGACCACCAUCCAAAUAGCUAAGAGGAUUUCGUGUGUGCUUCUCCAUAAGAACAACAGUAACACAAGCUGUCGGCAAUUGACAGGUGCGACUAUUUUUCCUGCAAUAUGAAGGUAAAAAACCUUGCCUUUUUCCCACUUGCCCUGUAUUACCUGAGAGAGCAAAAGUCUUUCAGAAGUGGAAAAAUGUGUUCAUAGUGUUGCAUAAUUUCACCCACAGCAUGUUAUUUUUUUGUACACAUGUAUCCAGCACAUAGUAGGCACUUAAUAAAUAUUUGUUG